AGUGAAUCCUUCACUCACUGAAUUUCUCACUGAAAGAACUGAAGUACCAAGGAGGGAAAGCCUUGACUCUGGAAAAAAAUGCCCUCCAGGAAAAAGUCCUUGAUGUUUGCCUUUGCUUUUUUGACCAGCAUUUGUUCCUUUGUGAUCGUUUGCCUUGUUCUUGCAACCAAAAAUUGGGUUUCAAGUAGGAUAACCUUUACUUCUGGAACAGCCAAUACGACAAUGUUCUUUACAUACGGACUCUUUGAAGGACAUUGGUCAACAACUGUGGUCCAUGGAAUUGCUAUACAAGAGACCAGUUUCCAAGUUUCAGACUUGUUGGAAAAUGGCCCAGUGAAGAGCUUCAACAUUGCGGUUGUCUUUCUUCUAGUUAUCAGCUUGCUCAGCUCCUUCCUGAGUUCAGGAUUUACAUGCUACAAUGCUGUCAGCAAUCCCUAUCAGACCUUUUUAGGCCCCAUUGGGGCCUACACCUGGAACUCCAUAUCAGGUAUCUGCAUUUUUCUUACCUUGAUACUGUUUGCUGUGAAUGUGGAAGUAAAUGAACUAUCUGUUCAACUGGCCGACAAAGUAUCUGCUGUUUCAAGACCAUACGGACUCUCCAACUUUUAUGGAUAUUCAUACUGGAUCAUGCUUCUUAUAGCUCUUUUAAAUGUUGCAACCAUAAUCAUAGUUGUUUUCUACCAAAAAGAGAGGUAUUCAAAAAGGAAGGAGCAAGAGAGACCCAUGGAAAGUGCCCCCAAAGAUGGCAUCUUAUUCUAACAGCAUUGGUACCUUCGUUUCAAGACUAACCAUCAAUCACAUUUAAGUAAGACACACUGACUCAGAUGGAUCCUAAGUAUGAAUAAUUAAGUACAGGGUUGCUACCCAACAUGAAACAAAACAUCAUGUUAACAAUUAGAGCUAGUCAUGGAAAAUCAUAUGGUUAGAUUCUGCUAAUGGCAGCACUCUCCCCUGUGCACAGGUUACUUCCACCAGCAAAAAGCUGCUUGCAUUGGAGGAAAGCACCAGAUUAGUGGGAUAAUAUCUGCAGGAUCUAACCUACUAUUUAUAUUACAUUAUUCUAGAGGUUUUUUUAAAAACUUAAUUUUAGUUGAUCACUUUACUGAAGUGGCCUUUCACAGUUUGUCCAAACAUAGGGUCUCAGCACACGAGACAAAAUACACUCGAAUUACCUGUGUAAUUCAAGUGUAUUUUGUAAUUCAAGUGUAUUUGAGUGUAAUUUGAGGGCGAAGCUACAAGUGACGAAUGACACUUGGACAGCAAGUGUAUUUCUCCCUGUUCACUUGCGCUCCAUUCAAUCCACUUGCUGUUCAAGUGUCAUUCGUCACUUGUAGCUUGGCCCUGAGUGUAUUUUAUAAUUUAUUCGAGUGUAUUUGAGUGUAAUUUGAGUGUAUUUUGUCUCGUGUUGUUGUUUGACCCAUAGCUUAACUUUAUAAAUCUUCCUGGUUCCGCUGUUCGUUUUGGAAACUUGGUAUCCCACAGAGCUUGUGGGCUGAAACUGACUUGGCAAGCCACAAGUUCUGUAAAGCUACUGUUCCUCCUCCCCUUUUCUUCUCACCUCCACACAUGAAUUUUGUUGAAACAUCCAGUUUGAAAUAUGUCACUCAGAAGCACACUACAUUGUGAAUAAAGUU